CGGUCAGCACAGGCUCAAGUGUUGAUCCACAGGAGAAAGUAGAGCACAUGGAGGUGCAGAAGUCUGGAAGUGGGCAGGACUUGACUCCAGAACAAAGCUCAGACGACGACAGUGCAGACAACAGGGAAUCCAACAAGCCUGCUGGCCCACCACCCAAAAAACCGACCACGAACCAGACCAUUGCAGCGCAAGACAGACUCACGAUUUACUUCCACGCCGUUUUAUCGAAGGAUUUCAAAUUUGAUCCGAAUGAAGAUCGUAUCUUCAUCAGGGCUGGGUCUCUCAUUGGGUCAUGGGACGAAGAUGCAACUGAGCUGCAAGUGACCAGGUGUCUCGAAGACCAUGGUUUUCUUGUUGAGGGCAGUCUGAUGACAAAAAAAUCUGUAGCUGCCUCUGAGUCGAUACCAUACAAAUAUGUUGUCUACAACAGCAAAAAGCAAAAAUAUGAGUAUGAGUUCAUUUACAAAAUUGAUUCUGGGAACAAGACUACCAACAGAUGUUUGUUUGUCAAGACCAGGUUCCUCAAUGUAGAAGGGGACUGGCAUCAGUAUGAUGACAUCAUCUGUGCCCAGCCAUCCAAAAAUGUGCUCAAACGUUUAAAAGACAGCAUUAAAGACACCCUCUGGCCGGAACAAAGGACAAGUCUGAUUCAAGGCAGAGAGAUCGCUGGGAAAAUAAUGCUGUCGACCAUAUUUGAUCUUCUCAGUAGCUGGAGUGAGAUCAAUCUGACAAGUUUUGUGAUCCAACUGAAUCAGUUCUUUGAGGUUUACGGGGAGCCCUUUGUUUACGAGGAGACACAUAAGAAGUGGUACGCCUUAAACUAUGGAAAAGAUGAUGUGAGGAACAUGCUGAAAGAGUUCAUGCUGAAGAGCCUGACUCCUCAGUUGCUGAAGGAUGGAGAUGGGGAGAUGUUCUACAUUCCAGACCCCAUGAAGGCGGCUGUGAUCAUGCUCUGUGUAUGUAAAAGACAUGCUAUCCGUCUAAAUGAAUCUGAGCUUUAUCAGCUCUGCAAUUUGCUUUGCCUGCCCAGACAAAGCAAAGAGGAUUUCCUUCAGUACUGGGCAGAUUUCUCAAAGGAUGUCAUUAAUCUCAAAAGUCUCCCAGAAUAUUUGGCAUCUCUGAUAAAUUCGGUGAAAAAAGCGGGAAAGCCCCGAUGGCUCCUGGUGCUGCCGCUCCUCCACCUCCUCAAAGGCACCACAAAGCCCUUCGAAAUACCGAAUUCUGGUAACUUGAAGUACGGCCCAUCCUGGGCAGGUUUGCAAGGCCUUGAAAUGGGUUCCUCUGCAGGAACAUACAUGAACAGUCAAGAGAGAAAGGCACUGGUGAACGUGAUAAAGAGCCACAGUCACUUAAUGGAGGUGGAUGCACUUCUCGCACGAUCCUGCUUGUUUCUGAUGCCAGUUGAUGAACUGAUGGAGUGGGUCGUCAACAUUGACAUUGAGCUUUUGGACAUACUUCUUGUGUUCUUUAAUAAAGCUCCUCAGGAAGUUAGCUGCAGUACCUCUGAGGCAGUGACUGACAUUCUCGCGCACAUCCAAAUGCAACUAAUUGAAGAAAAAUACAGUUAUUUUACUGAGGCUUAUAGGAGAGAGUGUCUUGCAACAGCAGUAAAACUGUUAGAGAAGAUCUGCAGAGCAGUCAGACCAGCAUCAUAUGCCCAGGACUACACCAAUAUUCCUGUAGCCUGCAUGAAUCUGGUUGCAUCAGUUUCAGACUUUGUUCAUUGUAAGAAACAACAGGAGACUCAGGACGGAGACAAAGAGCAGCAAUACGCAAAAGACUUGAUCACCUCCCAGGCGAUGAAUAUUAUGAGAGACUGGAUCAGUCGCACCUUCAGACAUGGUUUGCUCAACACGUCCGUGACAUCCAUGUUUCAAGUGAAGGUCACAGCGGAGAUGGAAUUUUGGAACAACAUUAUUGCUGUCCACUUCACAGAUGAAGAUUUCACAAAAGAAUGGAGACAGACGUUCACAAGGGAUUUUGAGGGCAAGUACAAACAGGAAUAUGCUGUGGAUCAAAUUGAAUUCUACUGCACAAAAAUAGAAGAACUCAGUGAUUCCCAUCCACAUAUUUCUGCUAGUAUUGAGAGGUGUGCUCUUGAGGCUGUUACAUCUUUGUGCCAGACCAAGUCUGAGGGCAAACUGUUUGAGAGGCUCAAGAUAAACUGGAAGUUUGGGAAACUCCUCUCAACAAUCAUCCAGAAAUCAUGGCCAAAGGACCGUGAAGGAAACUAUGAAGAAGAUGAAGAAGUGGUUCUCAGGCACCUUCUCUCCUGGACUGCAGCCAAAGAUGUUUUCAAACUACACGGGGCAGAAGAAAAGCUGAUUGAGAAGCUCUCUCAGGAUGCCAGGGAUAGAUUUGCUAUUGCCAUAUCAUCCUUCACAGCCAUCAACAAUCAACUGGUCAAUGGAAAAAUUAAGAUCAGUCUGCUCAACAUCAUUCUGGAGAAGAGAGAUUUCUUCCUAGAACUGCUGAAAAUCGAUUGCCUCUCUGAGAAUGAACAAUAUAAAGAUACUGCCAAAAUGAAGAGGCUGUUGCAAUGCAGACAAAACGAAGUGAAUGCUGUGUACCAUGAGAAGAAGCUUGUGGACGUGUUCUUAACAAUGAGCCACAAACUUGAGGAGCACAUGACAGUCAAUGUUGCCGCCAUGGAACAGAGACAACAGGUCAACGUUGACGUCAUGCCCCUCAACCUUUUCAUGGAGGUUCAUCAACUUGAUAAACUGCCAUCUGAGAUGGCUGGCAUUGUCACCUACUUCAGUCUGGGUGAAGAAAUCAAAGAAAUGGCGGAGGCCCUGUACACCUUCAGAGACAGCUAUAUAUUCCAAGUGUGUUGGGAGCAACAAGCCAAACUCUGGGUCACAGAAGAAGUUAUUACUGAUGAUCCCAACGAACAGGAAGUAGCCGACAUUAUGGCAACACCAGAAAUGAUGUACGAAGAAGUUUUCGUGCCUUGCUAUAAAAAUUACAAAGACAUAUACACUUCUCUGAAGAACGGCAGCAUAAUGCUCGAGGAGGUCAACCAGCUCUUUGGAGCAUACAAGGGCAGGUACGAAGAGCUUGCGCAGGACCUGGACAUCAUGUGCAGAGUUGAUAAAUCAACCGACAAAAAGUGGACCAACAGCAGGGUUCAACAGAUUGAGCAGUAUCAUGAGCUUCAUUUUGCCGUGGCCUCAGCUCAAAUCAUCAUGAAGGUUAAAGAGACGCUUCAUCUCCAGGGGGACUUCAGGGUUCUCCAGACUCUCACUGAAGUUAGUCACGCAGACUUUCAGAAAGAGCAGCUCAAUCGGAUCGACAAUGACUUGAUGCAGGCAAAGAAGGUUCUGGUGGACAUCACUGAGCCCCGCAGACAGUGUCUUCAGGAGCUGGGACUCAGAGGACACUUUGUAAAAUGGGUCAAGGAUGCACUUGAAGAUAUCAACGAGUUGAAGGUGUUUGUUGACUUGGCUUCCAUCUCUGCGGGAGAGAAUGAUAUGGAUGUGGAUCGCGUCGCUUGCUUCCAUGAUGCUGUCCUUGGCUACUCCUCGAUGCUUUAUGAGCUCAAACCAGACUCUGGUUUUCCUGCCUUCAAAGACGUGCUGAAGAAGCUCUGGAGAGCUUUGGAGAACGAUAGCAACCUACCGAAAAAACUGCGGGACAGUGCACGACACUUGGAAUGGCUGAGGACUGUAAAGGACAGCCACGGAUCAGUGGAGCUGUCGUCUCUCUCCUUGGCAUCAGCAAUCAACAACAAGGGUAUCUACCUGAUCAGUGCACAAAGUGUAAAAACGUUGAGUCUUGACACCGCCUUGAAGCUGCAGAUUUCUGAGGAGCAUGAUGAGGGUCAGCAGAUGCGCUGGUACUCUCUUGAGGAUCUGAGGGAGCUGCAGAAUAAACUCAUGCUGAUGUCUGGGAAAGGGGAUCAAGGACAGAAUGAAGUUGAUCACUUUUCAGAGGUUUUUGCCAGUGUUCAGAGACUAGCUGAGGCAUUUAUUGCCCUCUACACUGCUGGGAAUCCUUUGUUCAGACACUGGGAAGCACAAAUCAACUGCUGUUUAAGCAGCAAUGAACCCAGCAUUAUGAUGGACUUUAACCUGGGCAGUGUUCUCAGUGCUGUCAUUGUGGAGGGCUGUAUCGAGGAGCAGCUCCCUGAACUUUGCAGGAAAAUGGAGAAAUGCCUGGACUACUGGAGGGAUUUUGUGGACAAACAGAGGUCCCAACAUUACUAUCUUAACUACUUCACAGCCGAACAGAUCGUUUACCUGUGCAGCAAGCUGACUCAGCAAAAUGUGGCCAAUGUGGAGGACGAUGUUCUCAUGAUGCUAUCCUUUGUCAAGCAAAAUUGCACAUCCUUGGACUUGAGGCAUGUGUGGCAUUCACUCCAGUAUGAAAUCCUCACAAAACCACAAGAGCAAAAUGAGGACAUUGAGUUUCAGACUUUUGUCAUGGUGCCAAGAAACGAGCUGGGAGACUCAGACUUUAUCAGCGAACUGGAUCCUCUACAAAGUCUUUUGGAACAAGCGAAUGCAUCCCAAAAAUUUGAUCUGAUAUGGAAUGCUUAUAUGAAAGACAUGAAUAAUUUUCUCCCGCAUGUUCUUGAUAUAAAAAAUCUUGGGCGACUGUUGGAGAUACUGGUAAACAGAAAAGAAGAAAGUGAAGAAGACAUUUCUGAUGAUUACAUGGGGAAUCUCAUCAGGAGGCAGCUACCUAAAGGCUUGGUCACAGGAAAGCCUAACUUGAUCAUUUGCCCCCAGGAUGAGGUCCUGACUUCUUGCAUCUCCAUUUACAUGAGUAGCGAAGGUGAGCCACUUCCCACCUAUGAUGAAGUCCUCUUGUGCAACUCCUCAACACCAUAUGAACAGGUGGAGCUAUUCCUCAGACGCUGUCUCAGCACCGGUUACAGAGGAGACAAGAUAUACUCUCUACUGUAUGGAGAUCUGCUCACUUAUGACGUGAGCUCUAAACUUGAGAACUUCUUUCAGAGAUUGAAAAUGCAGAGCAGGAAAGACUACAGACUUGUCAUCAUCUGCAGCUCAGAGAGAGAACAUGCUUACCUUCCUUCAGCCUUUAGCCAGUACAGAUUGCACAUAGUUCCCCAGGAGCCAUUUCCAAGGAUCAAGAGUUACCUCCACAGUCACUACAUCGUCCCAGCAGAUCAAUGCAGUGCUGCAGGUGCAUUCACAGACCGACUGUGCGUUGGUGUUGUCUCAUCCAAAAGGGCUGGUGUUGGUAAAUCUCUCUACAUCAAGAGGCUGUAUGAGAAACUAAAGCACUCAACCAAAAAGCCGUCAAUGAGGAAAUGCAUUCGCUUAAUUGAACCUAAGGUGGAUGAGAAUGUUGUCCUUCAAUCUCUGUUGGACGGCCACAAGAGUAAAGAACUCACAAUGUUCCAUUUUGAUGUCACAUCAUCGGUGCAGAAAGGCCUCAAUGAGUUUCUUUUCAAACUCUUGAUUCUGCGCUAUCUGAUGGAUUCUGAGGGAAGGAUGUGGAAAUGCAGUGACAAGCAUCUGUAUGUCAUGGAGAUUUUAGAGCCGUCUCUUAAGACAACCAGAAAUGCUACACGACCGGCUCAAACUGUGAACAGCACAUUCAUCGACGUGUUCCCAAAUAUUUUCUGCCGACCACCCAAAGAGGUGCUGAUGAUUGAGAUGAGCAAGCAAGACUAUCCUACCAUUGUGAGCAGUGAUGACCCAUUGAUGGAUGAUAAGGAAUUCAGGAGUACAGCCUUUCAACGGACAUAUCAGUAUCUCACACGAUUUCAUAACCACACUGAUCUUGACGGGUUCACAUAUCAGGGAGUUGAAGGGUCACAUGUGGAAUGUCUUCAGAUGCUUCUCAUGUACUGUGGCAUUAUUGACCCAUCCUGGGCAGAACUGAGGAAUUUUGCAAGAUUCCUUAACUUUCAGCUGCAAGACUGUGAAACAUCUGUUUUUUGUGAUGUCACUGUCACUGGAGACACACUUACUGGAUUCAAAACCUUUGUGGUGGACUUCAUGAUCCUGAUGGCAAAGGACUUUGCCACUCCAUCACUCAGUAUGUCUGACCAGAGUCCUGGCAGACUGCAGAUGGACCUCACUGGUCUCCGAGAUGAAGACUUGGCUCCUUUUUUGAUUAGAAGGAGAUGGGAAAAAGAACCACAUCCAUACAUCUUCUUUAAUGAUGACCAUGUGUCCAUGACCUUCAUUGGUUUCCAUCUUCAGCCCAAUAACCAAAACUCUGUCGAUGCCAUUGACCCUACCUCUAAAAGGGUGAUAAAAACGAAUGUCAUGACAAGGGCAUUGUAUGAAGGCUUAAAACUACAGAGAGUCCCUUUCAACAUCAACUUUGAUUGUCUGCCAAGAGGGGAAAAAAUAGAGCGAAUCUGCAACGUUCUCGGUAUCCAGUGGCCUCUUGACCCUGAUGAAACAUACGAGCUCACAACUGACAACAUUCUGAAGAUGCUGGCAAUCCAUAUGCGGUUCAGGUGUGGCAUCCCUGUCAUUAUCAUGGGUGAGACAGGGUGUGGUAAGACAAGACUCAUCAAAUUCCUCUGUGAGCUGCGGAGGAGUGGAGUGCCCUCUGAGAACAUGAAGCUGGUCAAGGUCCAUGGAGGGACAUCUUCAGAGAUGAUUUACAGUAAAGUCCGAGAAGCAGAAAAUGUUGCUUUAAUCAACAAGGAAGAGUAUGGAUUUGACUCUGUUCUCUUUUUUGAUGAGGCCAACACUACUGAGGCCAUCAGCAGUAUUAAAGAGGUCCUCUGUGACAAAACAGUCAAGGGAGAAAGGUUGACACACCACAGUGGAUUGCAGAUAAUUGCAGCAUGCAACCCUUACCGAAAGCACACAGAUGAGAUGAUUCAGAGGUUAGAAACUGCUGGUCUUGGCUACAAAGUUGGAUCUGAAGAGACAGAUGAAAAGCUUGGAUCGAUACCUCUCCGUCAGUUGGUGUAUAGAGUUCAAUCAUUGCCCCCCAGCAUGAUCCCUUUAGUGUGGGACUUUGGCCAGUUAAAUGAUCUCACAGAAAAAAUAUACAUCCAGCAGAUUGUGCAAAGAGUGGUUGAAAAUAAAAUAAUCCAUCAAAGUUACACCAAGUAUAUCGCUGAUGUUCUUUCAGCCUCACAGCAGUAUAUGAGGAAAAGAACGGACGAAUGCAGCUUUGUCAGCCUGAGAGAUGUUGAACGCUGCAUGCAGGCUUUUGUUUGGUUCUAUGACAACCACGCCAUGUUGUUUGCAGAACUUGAAGAGUUUGAGAGUAAACAAAACUCUGAUAAAAAUGAAAGGCAUCAGAGACAGUCUGAGGUCAGAGACCCAGUUAUCUGGUCUCUAGUCAUGGCAAUCGGAGUGUGUUACCAUGCCUGCCUAGAACAUAAGGAUAAAUACAGAAAGAAAGUCAGUAAAAGCCUGCCACCAGCAUACAGCCCAGCAAAAGUAAUGCAGGAAAUUUCACUCAUGCAAGAUCUACUUUUAAGUGGCGUGCCUAUGGGGGAUACUAUUGCAAGAAACAGUGCUCUCAAAGAGAACGUCUUCAUGAUGGUUCUCUGCAUUGAGCUAAGAAUCCCUCUCUUCUUGGUUGGAAAACCUGGAAGUUCAAAAUCUCUGUCUAAAACUUUGGUGGCAGAUGCAAUGCAAGGUCAAGCUUCUCACUCUGACCUCUACAAAAGGCUGAAACAGAUCCACUUGGUGUCCUUCCAGUGCAGCCCCCACUCAACACCAGAAGGCAUCAUCAAUACAUUCAAGCAAUGUGGACGCUUUCAGGAAGGAAAGAACCUGAGUGAGUACAUUUCAGUUGUGGUUCUUGAUGAGAUUGGCCUGGCUGAGGACUCUCCAAAGAUGCCACUGAAAACCCUUCACCCACUGCUAGAAGAGGGAUGCAUUGAUGAUGAGCCUCUCCCGCACAAAAAGGUGGGCUUCAUUGGUAUCUCCAACUGGGCUUUAGACCCUGCAAAGAUGAACAGAGGCAUUUUUGUCUCCCGCGGUGAUCCUGAUGAGAAGGAACUGAUCGAAAGUGCGAAAGGUAUAUGCUCAUCUGAUGCAAUGGUUUUGGAAAAGGUCAGGGAUUUCUUCCAACCCUUUGCAAGAGCCUACUUGAACAUCUGCCACAAAAAAGGCAAAGGGUUUUUUGGCCUACGUGACUAUUACAGCUUGAUUAAGAUGAUUUUUGCAGCUGCCAAGGGCUCUCAACGGAAGCCAACUGCAGAGGAAACCGUGAAAGCAGUGCUGAGAAAUUUCAGUGGCAGGGAUGAUGUGGAUGCAGUUGCUGUCUUUACCGAAAGACUACAGAUGGCACCCAGCCUUGACAACAUCAGUGCCAUUGAGUUUGUGAGAGACAACAUUCAGGCAGUUGGACAGGAAGAAGAUUGUCGGUACUUGCUGGUGCUGACAAAAAAUUAUGCAGCCCUACAGAUCCUGCAGCAAACCUUCUUCUCAGAAAGUUGUCAGCCCGAAAUAAUCUUUGGAUCCAGCUUCCCGAAAGAUCAAGAGUAUACCCAAAUCUGCCGCAACAUCAACAGAGUAAAGAUUUGCAUGGAAACAGGUCAAACAGUUGUGCUCCUAAACUUGCAGAACCUCUAUGAAAGUCUCUAUGAUGCUCUCAACCAAUACUACGUCUGCUUGGGAGGACAGAAGUAUGUUGACCUUGGACUCGGAACCCACCGGGUGAAAUGCAGGGUGCACAAAGACUUUCGGCUAAUUGUCAUUGAGGAAAGAGAGGUGGUGUAUAAACAGUUCCCAAUACCUCUCAUCAACAGGCUAGAGAAACACUACCUGGACAUCCACACUGUCCUCAAAGCUGAGCAGAAGAGGUUGGUGGAUGAAUUGGAGAGAUGGGUGAGACUUUUUGUGUCUCUCAGCAGUCAAAACAUGGCUAAUACUUACAAGUACCAACCCCCAGACGUCUUCAUCGGCUAUCACUCAGACACAUGUGCUUCUGUGGUUCUGCAAGUGAUAGAGAAGCAGAAGGAAACUUUAGAGAUCUCAGAUCCAGACAGGCGAGUUCUUGAUGAAGCUAAACUCGUACUGCUCAAAUGUGCUACACCAGACUCAGUGGUGCGGUUGGACUGCACAGGGCUUCCCAAAGUAGAGAGUGAACAUCUGGCUGGGGUCUACUUUGAAGAGCAGAAUAACAGUUGUUUGGCUGACUACAUACUUCAUCACACAAGGCAGGAGGUCUAUGGCUGCUCCUGCUUCACAGAGGUGACAACAUUCUCCAGACUUUUGACGACAUCUGACUUGGAGCCACUGGAGCAAAUGUUUCUCAGUGUUGAGCUUCUCUCACUUCAGCAGUUUGACACAGAGCACUCCUUCCUGAAGAAAAUCAGGAACUUCCUCACUGCUGAAAAUGGAAGCAGUAACAUUGGACCCUGCAACAAGAUCCUCAUCAUCCAGUGUGAUUUCGAUGAAGCCUCUCACAGUGCCAACCUCAUUGCAUCUGCAAAGUAUUCAUCCAUUAAUGAAAUCAACAAAAUAGCUCAGGAGAGCACAGGAAGCAAGGUGUUUUUCUACUUCAUCACCAGACUACCAAGAAUGGAAGGCGGGACUUCCUAUGUUGGCUUCCAUGGAGGACCCUGGAGGUCAGUUCACAUCGAUGACCUCAGACGAUCAGAAGACAUUGUUUCUGACAUCAAAGCCUUGCAAAACAUGACUAUCAGUCAAAUGUUUGAAACGAAGCUGAGUCUGCCUGAGGCUAUGGAAGUGGAUGAUAUGUACACUGAAAAUGAGCACGAGGAAGCAGAGAAAAAUGCCUGGGACAAUGUUCUGGACACGACGGCAUUGCUGCGGAGUUGUGUUCAGAGUGCAGUGGGUAUGCUGAGGGACCAAGUGGAGAGUGGUCUCCGCAGUACUCGGAGAGUUGAGAUCCUACUGACUCUUCUCAUUGACAAUGAUGAAAGAAAUGGUGAAUUCCUGAAAACUGUGAAAAGACAUCUUCACUCAUUGCUGGCAAUUUAUGAUGACAACACAUUCUCAUCCAUCAAAAGCAACUGGGUGAUCAAGGAAGCCUCAAACAUUGAUGCCUUGCAAGAAGGAGGCACCUUCAGACACACCUUAUGGAAGCGUGUUCAGGCUGUGGUCGCCCCCCUCCUGGCACAACUUGUUUCAGUCAUUGACCGUGACCAAAACUUGGACAUCCUUCUUGAUGGGAACUGUGGUGAAUCUGUUAAGAGGCUGUGGUUAGAUAUCUUUGGCAGUGAUAAGUUUCUGGAGAUCCCACACCUAACAAGAGAACACAACUCUGAGACAAGAACCAUCCUUGUACAGAACUACAUUGCCCAAGACAAGAACAUGAGCUGUAGCAUGCCCUUCAGCUGGAGGAUCAAGGACUACCUUGAGGAGCUCUGGGUUCAUGCGCUUCAACGUGAAGGCCACACUCAAAAAGAGUUUGAUGAGUUCUUUUGGAAGACACCAUUGGGACGAUUCAUCACAAAAGGAGACUUGGAGAUGCAAACAGAGUUUUUUCAACGCUACCUUCAAGAUUUCAUCUCCAUGACAAUGAACGUGACUUGUCAGGAAGAUCUGAAGCUUCUGUGUGGUGCCUUAAAUUGUUGUGCCAAUGAGCUGCGAUCAAAGCUCAGUGACAGUGAAACAGUGGCAUCUCUUCCAUGGGUGCAUGCUGCUUAUCAUGAGUUCAAAAACCGGCUGCAGAACCUCUCGAGAAUGAUCUGCAUUAAGCCCGAGGUGACCCAGGACCUCCUAAGGAAUCUUCAUGGCAGAGAUGGGGUUGAACUGGUCCAUGAUGUGUAUGCUGCCUUUGCAUGUGUAGAGUACCUGGAGCCUAGAUUCCUGGACUCAGAUGCCCAAAGACAAGCCUGGCUCAGGCAGGUCAAAAAACUGCAGGUUCCCAUUGAGUUAAUCUGCUCUGAGGACUGUGUAAGACAUUAUGGAGAGAGGAGCAAGGCGAUUGCAUGCAGAGUCCAAGCUGGAUGGAAUCGGAUAUUUUCUCUCUCUCUAUUUGUGGAGCACAUGUUUGGCAUCGAGGAGGUUGAGAAGAAGCUCACACCUCUAGUUUUGGAGCACACAAAAAGGCUUGGCGAGGCACUGGAAAAACAUUCAGACCUCAAAACUCAGGAGUCAUUUGAGGCAGUUAUUGGUUUGCUCAAAUCCUGCAAAGAUGGAGCCAUUGAACGUAUCUUUAGGUUUGGUCUUCCAAUGUGCCCAGUGUGUAUGGGAGACCCCCAUGAUCCACUCUGCCUCCCAUGUGACCACAUCUAUUGUCUAGCUUGUAUCAAACAGUGGCUGGGACCUGGUCAGAUGUACUGUCCCCUCUGCAUGCAGCCAGUCGAUGACAACUUCCCCAUGGUUCCUACAGAUGCCACAAGGAUCAACAUCAACCAACGCGCUCAGUUCAGGAAACAGUGCAAUGCCUUCUUCAUAGACCUGGUGUCUACUGUGUGCUUCAAGGACAACGCUCCCCCCUGUUCAGCUGUCAUACGUCAUUUGCUGUCCUUUCUGAUGGUGGAGGCCGACACUGUUCCCAUUCUCAGAGCCAGCAGAGAUAAUCGACAAAUUCUGACAAAGGUGCUCUCUCCUUUUGAUGACUCUGUGGAUAAAAAUCCGGUGGUUCGAUCAGUGGUGCUCAAACUCCUGCUGAAAUACAGCUUUGAUGAAGUCAAAGGUUACCUGCAGCAGCAUCUGAUGGCGAUUGAGCAGAGCAACAUCUUAGAGAAGACGGACAAAACUGAACUUUACUGCUUGUACAUGAACUGCUUGGAGGAUUCCAUGUUUGAGAGGUUGCAGUUCAGGUCCAUUGCAGACCAGCAGGUGUGUCUGCGAAAUGAAAGUGCCUUUCUGACUGAGUACCUGCAAGUACACAGUCAGUCUGCUGAAACAGCCACUGUGGAGUGCCUGCAGCGGGUGGCCAGAGUGCGUAUGGACCUUGAUAUGGCUGCCCGCCUCAUCAUAGAAAAACUCAGAUCCAAAGAGUCCCAGGAUGGUGAUAAAAGUGGCACUUUAGCCUUCCUGACAAGUGUGAUGGACUUGUGUAAGCAAAGUAGAAACGAUUGGUAUCGUGUCUACUUGAUCCGUAAGAUCUGCAGCCAACACGGAGUGGAGUUUGUCCUGAAACUCCUCAAAAUGGAUCAAAUGCACUGGCUCUUCCCUGAGGAAGCUCUACAAAAGAGAGAAGAAGCCACCGCAAUAGACCGGUAUCUUGUGUGUGGAGAAGACUACAAGACAAUCAGAAAUGCUGUUGCAAAGGGAUUGAUGGACGGCAAAGUGGAUGGACUGGAUGAGACCUGUGAGGGGUGCAGAUGUUUGCCACAGUUGAAAACAGUUUAUCUCCUGCUGGCAUUGUACAGAGAAGUCACCUCUCUCUACAGAGAAGCCAAUGCUUGCUUCCAUCCAAAGCCUGAGCAAUUAGAAGCCCUGGCUUCCUACAUUCAGACCUCCAAAUUCCUUGGCAGCCAGACUGUGAAGCCGUUUGCCUUGGCUCUGGUGACCAACCAACUCGGGCUGUUGACUGUUCGUCCUGGGGCCUCUGGCAUCCAGUGUGUCCUGGUGGAGUUAACUAUACACCUGGCUGCUGUGUUGCACUGUGGGAACCAGGCGAUCUUAGCCCCCCUCCAGCAGCUUAGCACAGCACCUGCCAACAUGCAGGCCGCCUUCUUGCCCAGCAUGCCGGAGGACAUGCUAGCAGUGGCUCGGCAAGCUCUGCAAACGGAACCACUGAGGUGGUACUAUUGUAAAAAUGGUCACCCCUCCACCAUCGGAGAGUGUGGCCAGCCCAUGCAAACAAGUCAUUGUUUGGACUGCGGUGUUGUGAUUGGAGGAGAAAACCACCAAACUGUGGCAGGAUUUCAAGUUGCACAAAAUCAGGUUGACCGUACCCAGACGGGCCACAUCCUUGGUGACCCAGGUCGUAGGGACAAUCCAGAUAUGCUGGACACAAAGAGCAUUUCCCCUUUUCCCUUCAACAUUGUGCGCAUGCUCACUCACAUGGCCAUGCUGCUUGGCGCCUGCAGCCACCCACAGUCCAUCUCUGCCAUCAUCAAGCCUCCAGUCCCUGACCCAGGAGCAUUUCUACUUGCCCACUUGCGGAAGGACAUGGAGCAUCUUCUCAGAUCUCUGGGCAAAGGGACAGACGACACAAUCAGCACUGUUCACCUACUCAUCGGCAGCCUCCUGGAACCUCAUCAGCAACUAAAAUGGCCUGUUCCCUUCAAAAAUCAUCUCUCCACCAAAGAGGCGAGAAAUGGAUGGGAGGUGGAAGUGAGCAAUGCCAUCGUCAUACCUCAACUGAAGGACUUGUCUCGACGGCUAAAGGAAGUGAGCGCAUUCAUCCAGGCUGACUCCCGCGUCUCCGCCAAUCCAGUCAUGAAGCUCAUGUUCGGAGAUCCUCGUCUCUUCCUGACCUCACUUCCCCCAAAUUCUCUGAUCCAUUGUUCUGCAGUGUGGAGCUGCAGGGAGAAAGUGUCUCUGCUCACCCUCUCACAUAUUGUAGAGCAGAACGAAGGCAAAGACACCCUGCCGGUGCUCUGGAGAUUUCUGCAUAGAGAAGCAGAGCUGCAGCUGGUGAAACACCUUCCUGACGUCCUCACACUGCAGAGGGAUCUGGUCAAGAAGUUUCAGAACAUAACUGAGCUGACUUUUGGCACCAUUGCAGAGUUCCUCCACAGUCAGAAAGCAGUUGCGCUGAAAACCUGGUAUGAGAAACACAUCAAACUCUUCUUGACGACCUGGAAUCAGCUGAGAGUGUCCUUGGCAACCAACGGUGAGAUUAAGAUCCCAGCCGAGUUCUGCGAGAAGGACCUGGACCUCAACAGUGACUUUAAGGUGCUGUUACCACGGCGACAGGGCCCAGGCCUGUGCUCUACAGCACUUGUCAGCUACCUCAUCGCCAUCCACAAUGAGCUGGUGUACUGUGUGGAUAGACACACCGGAGAGGAGACCAGCUACAAAGUGAGCCCUGCAGAUGUGACGGAGCUGCAUGUGAUUCGGUAUGAGCUGGAGAAAGACCUGAUGCCCCUGGUUCUCUCCAACACCCAGUACAGCAUUGAGAGAGGCCAAGAGACAAUUCAUGAGUACGACUUGCCCAAGAUCCAGCAGCAGAUUGUGUCCCACUUCCUGCUGGGCAAACCUCUCAUCACUCUCAAUGGUAUCCCAACGCUGGUGAACAGACAUGACCGCAACUAUGAGAUUAUCCUGAAGGAUGUAAAAACAAAAGUAGAGCAAGAGCCUCUUCAGACUCUCACCCUGUUUGCCGUGGCUGGCGAGCUCCACUCCUACAGCGAGGUGUGUGAGGCCUUGUCCACGCUGGAGGUGGCCCUUGGUUUUCUUGCUAUGACUGGGGGAGAACCACACAUGCAGCUGUCUUGCUACCUGGAGGAGGUUCUGCAGAUGGGAAACCAGUUGGCCCCACACAUCCUCAAGGCACUGAGCGUGUGCUGUCUGAAGCACUGUGUGGCGCUGUGGCAGCUGCUGGCUUCACUCAAAUCAGAAAAUAUGCUCCGGCUCAAGAGGGAUCCAUUUGUUGAAGUCUCAGAAAAGUACAAACAGGCUCUGGGUGAGGAUGAGCACAGGCUUCUGACUGGCUUCUUCUCUAAGAGCAGCGCUGACACGUUCCUGCUGGAGAUGCACGAGUUCCUGGUGCUGGUUCUUAAAAAGCCCAACGCACCUGACACCUACAGGCCUGAAUGGGGCUUAAAGAUGACCCUGGUGUCCUACAUGGAGCGGAAAAACCUGGAGAUUUCCCCUGAAGUGGAGGAGCUCUUCCCAGAUGAGAUCUGCCUCUCCCACUAUGUAGAAGCCUGGAAGUUCAUUGUUGCCUUCAAGCAGGAGAGCGGUCAGAGGCAGUGACGUGGAGAUGAACUGGGUUGACUUUGUUUCUGCCUUCUUAAUUGAGUUGUCAUUGAAUCCCUCAGAUGAGCGUUUACCAUCAUGACAAACUUAACAGGUUUGAAGAUGACUGUGUGAUAAAAUCAGUAUCGUACACACAUUUAUGCAGGGAUGUGCCUUCAAUAAGAGCACCAAUAUUAUGCUUCAUGGUGCCAUAAGUGUAUAUUUUACAUGCUCACUUAUAUGAAAAUGUUCUGCUUUUCUAUCAUUUUCUUUUUUCCUAUAUGUACAGAGACUGUUCUGUAAUUCUUUGCUUGCACUUUACACACUUGUACUGUGAAUUUAUCUGUCAUGAUGAGGCAGAAAGAAUCAGAAUUCUACUCAGGUACAAAAUGUGGAAACUAAAUCACCUGGUCAUUUCACAUCCCUUAAUUCAAUGUUUUUUGUGUUGUCAUUUUCAUUUGUUCUCUGUAUCAUUGUACUGUCGUGUUAUGUUGCCAUGUGAACGUUGCACUUUCUUCCACUUUUUAGAUUUGCUGACUUUAAAGAUAAUGAAGAAAAAAACCACAUUUGAAUUUAGAUAUUCAUUAAUUUAGAUUUGAUUGGCACUUAAUGAUGAGCAUCCAUUGAAAAAAUACGUGAAAAUAUAUAUUUCUUACAAUAAAGCACUUAUGUCA